AUGGCAGACCUACGAGGAGGGUGUAGGCAUGACAAAUCAGGACUCCAGCAACUGAGAGCCUCCAUAUCAGCUUUGGAAAGAGAUGAGAGCAGACUACAGCUGCCCAAGCCACUGUCAGACAAGUUUCUUCUCAUUUGUUCUUUAAAUCUCACCCAACCCUUAAAAACCAACCAACCAACCUUGGAUUUAAUACACAAAUCAUCAACUACACCAGGACAUUUUGAUUUCUAUCACCAUUAUCAUCACCAGCAUCAUCACCACCACCAUCACCAUUACCACCACCACCACUAUUAUCCUUGUUACUGCCACAGCAAACUGUACAUCAUGUACAGGCCCAGAAUAGUACCACAGAGAUCAUGGCCAGUAUGGAUGGUAAUCCUCAUUUUUCUUGGAGUGGUUGCAAGCUUGGGAAUCACUAUUGGUCUCCUCGUUCAUUUCCUGGCAGUUGGAAAGCUACACUAUUAUGAAGGUGAUUUUCAUAUUUCUGGAGCCACAUACAAUGAUACCUGUGAAAAUGUAGCUUCACAAGCCAGUACAAAUCUGAGCAAAGAUAUUGAGACUAAGAUGUCAGAUGCAUUUCAAAAUUCUAGUAUAUAUAAAGAAUAUGUCGACUCUCAGGUCAUCAAACUUCUGCCUAACACCAAUGGCUCCAAUGUACAGUUACGUCUGACCUUCAAGUUUCCUCCAGCAAAGAGGGGUAGCAUGAGAACUGAAAUUCGGGCCAUCUUACAUCAGAUGUUGAGAGACAACGUGGCAUCCUGGAAUGCAGUUCCUGCUUCCAUUAAACUUACGGAAAUCAGCAAGGCUAAUUCUGAAAUGCUUGUCAACAACUGUUGUGGGAGACGACUGAGCAGCAGUAUCACAGCUGGCAACCGAAUUGUGAAUGGGAAGAAUGCCCUGGCAGGGGCAUGGCCAUGGCAGGCCAGCAUGCAAUGGAAAGGCCACCACAACUGUGGAGCCUCUCUGAUCAGCAGCAGGUGGCUCUUAUCAGCAGCUCACUGCUUUGCUAAGAAAAAUAACACACAAGAUUGGACUGUCAACUUUGGAAAUAUUGUAAAUAAACCAUAUAUGACACGGAAAGUCCAAAACAUUAUUUUGCAUGAAAAUUAUAGCAGUCCCGGGGUCCAUGACGAUAUUGCCCUUGUGCAGCUUGCUGAAGGAGUCUCUUUUACAAAGUACGUUCGCAGGAUUUGCCUUCCCGAAGCCAAAAUGAAGCUCUCAGACAAUGACAGUGUCGUAGUUACAGGAUGGGGAUCACUUCAUAUGUUUGGUGCUUUCCCAGAGACACUUCAACAAGCAUUUGUGAAAAUUAUUGACAACAAAAUUUGCAAUGCCCCAUAUGCACUAUCUGGCUUUGUGACUGAAACAAUGCUGUGUGCUGGUUACAUGUCUGGAGAAGCUGACGCCUGUCAGAAUGAUUCUGGUGGACCGCUAGCUUACCCUGACUCCAGAAAUAUUUGGCAUCUUGUUGGAAUAGUUAGUUGGGGUGAUGGUUGUGGGAAAAAGAAUAAGCCAGGUGUCUACACACGAGUGACCUCUUAUCGUGACUGGAUUACCUCCAAGACUGGACUCUAA